AUGAUUCUAGAACAUGCCGCCGAAUUAACGAGCUCUAUAAUGGACAUGUACGACAUAAUAGAUAUAUGCACGCUCCUCCAGGAGAACAGUGUGGAGGCUCUGUAUGUAGUAAAGCAUGGUUGCCGUGGGAUGGGCGGUCGGCUCAGGAGGAAAAUAGUGAACAUUGUCGCUGGUUUAUGUAACAACACUGACGUUAAAGUGAGGAGACCAGCUAUGGAGGUGGCUUUGAAGAUAUUCGAAGAUCUCUUUGCACCUCGCAACGCUGAGCCGCCUCACAAAAGGCGUAAAUUAACCGACAAAACAUUGCACAAUAGUGUAUUACUGAGCGGGGGCGAUUGCCCCGAUGCCGACCGCGUGAUAGAGUGUGUGUCGCGCGGCGUUACCGACGCCGACGAGAGCAUCGCCGCCGCCACGAGGGCGGGCGUCGCCGACUGUCUGUGUGCCACUGACAUGGCUGUCAGAUUAGUAGAGUGUUUCACGAUAGCUAUAACUAUACCGGCCACUAAUAAGAACGAUAACAUGUCUGUCUGUGUGUCGGCCUUCUUGGAGAUGUUGUUCAAACAUGUGAGGAGUCAGCCCAGCUUCCAAGCGCUCAAACUCAGCGAGAGACCGUUGAGAAUAAGGGAAUCGACCGCUGGACCUUCCAAGUUGCUGACUAACAGUAGAACUUACCACGGUACAUUCUUAAGCGUUGCCAGUAGAAAAAUAAAAAAAGUCAAAGAACCCUCAACGGACUGUAUUGACGUCGAGAUGUCUAUAGAUGAAAUUCUUACAACUAUGAUACAAUUUGCAAAGGACAAGCCGGACGUGGCUGAAGCGUUAUGCUUGCAAGUAGUGAAGAGCGUGGUGGGGCAGCGGGGCAGGGGCGAGGGCGGGGGCGGCGGGGGGCCACUGGCCCGCGCGCUGGACGACGCGCUGGACGCCUCGCCCGGGGACCUCACGCCGCUGCCGCUGCUCGUCCGAAGGGCAUUGCUCGACCACAUCAACACCACGCCCCGGUCAGUAUUAUAUCAACCGUUAUAAAAUACUAGCUUUCGUCAGCGGCUUCGCACGCGUGGUCCUUAGAGAAAUAUUUAGGGGGAUAAAAAUAUCCUAUUAUUUAAGUCAGCAUAUACCAUAUUUGUAUACCAAAUUUCAUCAAAAUCCCUCGCGUCUGAGCACCUUACUCAUUGAUCUAAACUCCCCCCGCGCACCCCCGCCUUGGUGACGCCCAAUUCGCCGUGCAGCAGAAAUCGUAAUAUUUUAAUUUCGCCAUAACUUCAAAACCAAACGUCCAAUUUUAAUCAUUCAAAGACCAAAUAUUAUCUACAUAAACUGUGAUUAGUGAUGAAAUAAUUUAUUUUGAUAAGGAUUAAUAGCAUGAGUAAAAUAAACGCGGUAAAAUGUAGUCCAAAAAAAAUAAAAAAAUGGUUGUUGUGCCUCACUCGACAUAGAUAGUGUGUCGCGGUGUGUUUUGUAGAUAUUUAUAAGAUCUACAAUUAAUAAGAACAUUUUAUGGUUCUAUCAUUUAUAGUUUAGGCAGCUUACGCAAAAUAAGUAACUUUUCUGGUUGAUUUUUUACACUCAAAUAUCUUACGGAACCCUAUUUUUUUUUCCAAAAUAAAUUAUAGCCUAUGUUACUCGUGGAUAAUGUAGCUUCCGAAUGGUCAAAAAAUUUCUAAAAUCGGUACAUUAGUUUUUGAGACUAUUCAAACAAACAAACAAAGUUUUCAUCUUUAUAAUUAUUCAGUAUUCUGUUGUAUUUUAUUAAGUAUUCUUUUGAUAUCCAAAUUGCUUAAUAUUGAAUCAAUUAUAUUAUUAAAAUUUAGAUGACACCUUUAUAUUUAAGGAAGAACUUAACCCUCUUUAUAAUAUUGAUACCACAUUAUAGAACCUUAAAAUAUAAUAAGCUCUGUUUUUUGGAGUUUUAGAAUAAGUAAUAUUGAGGGCUCUCAACAAGUUUAAAAACUUUUUUUUUUUUAAUGUAAAGACACCGUAUAUAAUUUAAAAGAUACAUUUUUAAAAUUUCAAGUUUAGUGGCUAAAUCUUUUAUAAACAAACACACAACAAUUAAACCUAUUGCAAUUUCUUCUCUCAAAAACUAAAUAUAAAUAAUAUAUGUAAAUAUAUCUAAGUUAUCGAUUUUUAAAUCAUUUUCGUGGAUUUUGAUAGAACACCGCUCAAUUGUCUGUGUUUUAAAAUCAUCUACGUAAUCUGCUACAGAUUCCAAAAUUCCCUUGAGAACUUACGACAGUUGACCAAAUGUACGGAAGGGGAAGCUUUGACCACACUGAUUUGUGAAGAAUUGAUGCUGAGGAGUGGGGAGGAUAUAUUUUCAUUGCCUAUUGCGAAAUGUGAAGACGCUACCACUAUGGACGUGGAACCAACAGCUGCUUCGUUAAAUGAGAUCAUGUCAGCUUUUGGGAAACUAUCCAACUGGGAUCAGUUGACGAUACAAGCGAAGAACGAGGUGGUCAACUCUGGUCUGCCGCAGCUGUGGGUCGAUACGGAUACAUUUAAAUCUUGGCUCGACAUCUACCAAGGUUAGUAAUAACCAG